AUGGCCAGCUCCAUUCCGUCGCGCCCCGUGAGCUUGGCCCAGAACGAGCACUCAGGCAGCCUGGACGGCAGCAUGACUUUUGAGGAAGCCAUGGCGAACACGGACGGCUUAAAGGUGAUUACCUUGGAAAAACCCAUGAUUGUUCACAAAGAGCCAGGCUUUGUGAGCAUAGGUGACCUUCCAGCAGUCAACAACCUCACAGAUGUCCUCAAAAAGAAAACGCAAUUCCUGGACGUCAUUAUGGGGUACGAAGGACCAAUUGACUUCAAGAGCCUGGAGCAGUUGUUCUUGCAACAGCGCUACGCCGACCUCCCUGACCCCAUCCGCAACAAGGGCAGGGUGGAAGUGGCUUACAAUAUGCAGUUGGUCAUUGUGCCCUGUGAUGACAGCAAACACCACAUCAUCAAGCAUGUCAAGUUCGUGGACGGCACCAAGGUACUCCACUCCACCAUACUUAGUAUGUGCUCGGGUCAAGCCUUGGAGAUUGACUAUCAGGGCCGCUACAGAGAUGGAGGUCGUGCCUUCCAGUACAUGCUAGAGAAUAUGGGCGGGUUUCAGGUUCGCUAUCAGAAGCUGGUUCCUGCAGGAGCUUCCAACAAGGUUCCGAAAGAAACGGAGGACAUCAGGCGAGGCUUCCACUUCAUCAAGGACCACGGGCCCGAGGACAAUGCUCAGGGCGAGUUCACCAUUUGGACCGAGGAACAGGUGAACGACCCCAGUGGUCCCUUGUACCGUUGGGAGCGCGGCGUAAUCAAGGAGUACCUCAGGUGUCUAGCUGACGCAGGUUCACAGGCCAAUACCAUCAGGGAUUGGCCUCUGACCUUGAAGAGCUUUACACCUUGGGCACUCAAUGACGUGAUUAUGCCCUUGCUACCCUUCUUGAAAGAGCACGCCGUUAUCUACAUUGGGAGAUCGCAGGUGGGAAAAAGUCCGCUUUCCUACACCCUUUCUUCCUUGAUCUCGGCUUAUUGGCUCUUUCAAGAGGGCAAGACAGACACUCCUCCGAUGUUUCAGACAUGCAGUCAUCUGGACUAUUUCCGAAAGGAAAAAGGCCGGAAGACCAAGCCCAGGGUGUUCGACGAUGGGAACCUCAACCUCGAGCACCCUGCGUCUGUGAACGCGGUGACAGAAGUCUCGGGUCUGGACCGGAAAACAAUUGCGCGCUGGAAUGCCAGCUCGUGUGAGAAGAACCAGCUGUGCCAAAUCUGUUCCAAUCCGUAUGAUAAACAGAUUGAGCCGGCCAUGGUGCUCAACACGCCCUCAGACUUCGUCCCGUUCCAGACCUUCUUUAACAUCGUGAGACCUUCCUUCCACAAGGACUUCAACGACGAGGACCUCAUGGGUAUUUUCAAGCGGUCUGUCGUCGUUGUGUUCACCCAGGUUGCUAUCUACAUCCGAUUGCCGGGUACCCAAACAGACCCCGUCAAGCGGCUGGCAUGGCCGGAGGGAGAUGUAGGGAUGGUCUCCCCUUGCGCACGUCCCACCUAUGACGCCUUCCUGAAGGGAGAACUCGUCGCCCAACCUUCUUCGUUCAAUGACGAUUUGCAGUGGAGUCUCAAUCUUUUACAGGCUGCAUUUGACAAGGAGCCCGUUGAUACCGCCUUCACCGUCCGAGGUCGUGAAAUGUCUACCGGCCGCACCUUUGUGAAGGAGCGCAGACCAACUUUGGCAGGUAUUUCCGGUGAUACCGUCUACUAUCUCCAUGAAGCGGCAGAUCUUGAAAGUGCUGGGCCUCAAACCAAAAAGCUCAAAUCCGUCAGGUCAUCCUCUGCACUUUUGGGCACGGAGAAGGUCGAAGAUGCGAACCUCAAGAGCGACUCUUCUUUAUCCGCACCGCCCGCACCCGCACCAUCUUCGCAUGCCGCACCUGGCCAUGGACUCGUCACUGUGAAGAAGGAGCCCCAGGAGACGACGCCUUCCGCCUUCAAGCAGGCCUUCGGAAAGAGGGUCCUGCAGCUCAAUAUCUCCAGCGGGUCCGAAACGGCGGCGCCCGCGGAGCUUCCCAAACCCUCCCCAAAGGAUGAGGCGAGCGACUCCGAAAAGGCUGUGCUUGCCGAAUCUUCCAAAUCCUCUUCAAAGGACGAGAUGGAUGUUGAUGAAGAGUUCCCGUACAACCUUUCCCAAGAACUUGAGGAGGAGUUUGAAAAAUGCGAUGACGCCGGCGACGAGUGA